AUGUCGGCCGCUAAAGAAAACCGUAAAGAAGACAGUCGCAGGUGUUCGAAGUGUGGCAAAUCCACGGCAAAGGAAAACGUUUCUUUGUUUCGUUUUCCAAAUCCCGGAGUUCGGAAUCUUUUGCGCUGCACCCUGUGGGCAAAAUACCUUUUUCCCUCGGAUGAACAGCACACUUCAAUAGCUUUUCAAAAAAAGCUGUAUGCUGAGCACAGGAUGCUGUGCCAAAAUCACUUCCACGAAGGUGAUUUUACAGAUGGCACUAAAAAAUCAUUGCUAAGAACUGCAGUUCCGCAUGAGAUUGGACCUGUAUUCAUUCCUGCGGUUACAUUGCCCGAUAAUCUGCAGCCAGGCCCUUCACACAUACCUCAAGAACCUCAAGCAGGGCCAUCAAAAAGAAUCCCUUUGAGGGAGAUUGGAAAUUUCCAAUCAACAACGGAUGUUCUUGAAUCUGAGAAAAUUGACAAAGAGAGCAAGACUUACAAAAAAUGCUUGAAAUAUAUGCACAGUGUUUGCCAACUGCGUAAUCGAAUAAAGAACAUGAAACUCAAACUGCAAUUAAAUGCCCUCACAGAAAGCAACUCCUUACGAAAACUUUCAGAGAAAAUCUCACCAACAUUCGCUCUUUUGCUCCAAGGGCAAUUAAGAAAUUAUAAUAAAAAAAUCACUGGAAGGAGAUGGACAAAGGAGGAAAAAAUUGUAGCCUUGAGGCUAUUUAAAAGGUCACCAACUUGUUACCGCUUGUUGAGGAGAUUAUUUUAUUUACCAUCUCCAGGCACCCUAAAGGCUUUGCUGAACAGAGUGCCUUUUGCUAUAGGUAUUACCGAGCCAGUACUGGAAGUACUCAAACAAUUUUUAAAAACACAGCAGCGAUCGGACAAUAAUUAUAUUUUAAUGUUCGAUGAAAUAUCAUUAAAGAAACAUUUUGAUUAUAACCCAAAGGAAGAUGUCAUUGAUGGAUACCAAGAUCAUGGGGCACAAGGAAGGUCCCCCAAUGUGGCAUCCCAUGCCCUAGUUUUUAUGGUUGCUGGCAUAAGGAAAACUGUAAAACAACCGAUUGCACAUUUCUUCUCAAGUGGCUUUUCAACAGCGGACAGGCUUGCAGUGCUUUUGAAAGAGAUCUUACAGCAAUGUUUUGCAUCAGGUAUUAACAUAUCUGCCACUGUCUGUGACAUGGAUGGUGUAAAUAGACGAGCACUGUCAAUCUUGGGUGCAACUGUGGAGCGCCCAUACAUAACAGUGCAUAACAAAGAGAUUGUGACAUUAUUUGACACACCACAUCUUGUCAAAUGCUUUAGAAAUCUUUUUUUAAAAUAUGACAUUGAGUGCACUACUAACAUUUCAUCUGAAGUCAAGAAAGGAAAAGGUGUGGCCAAAUGGUCUCACAUAAAAGAUUUCUUUGAAAUCGACAACAAAAACCCAAAUUUUGUGUUCGCUCCUGCUUUGACAAAGGAUCACCUAAACCCAAAUGCAAAACAAAAAAUGCGCGUCAAACUAGCUGCACAAGUUUUGAGCCACACAGUGGCAGCAGGACUUUAUGCAAAGAUAGCUGAUGGCGCGCUCAGUACAGAAGCUGCUGUUACUGCAAAUGUGAUAUCACAUAUCGACAAGCUUUUUGACGCGCUGAAUAGCGACUCAGCAGACUUGCGGCGUGGAAAAAUUUUCUCCACAAACAUGACAGCGAAAAGCCCACACCACAAAUUAUUUCAGAAUAUGAAAUAUUUUUUCAAAACAAUGAAAUUUAUGGGGUCUUUGCGAACACCCCCAUCACAGGAAGGUUGGAUUUGGACCAUUAAUGGCGUCGAGCGGCUGUUUAAGCAAUUCGCUAAUGAGGGUAUAAAGAGCCUGGCCACAAGACGGUUACAGCAAGAUCCAUUAGAAAAUUUGUUUGGCUGCAUAAGGGGCAACUGUGGCUCAAAUUCCAACCCAACUGUGGGCCAGUUUGUGGCUGGCUUAAAAACAUCAAUUUUGAGCAGACUGGCACAUAUUGGGACCACAGGAUGUAAUUGUGAAACUGACAAUAAUGUCGUAAUGAAUAACUAUGAGACAUUAUUGUCAGUUUCACAACCCAGGAAUUGUGCAGACAUAUUGGCAUCAGAGUGCAGUGCAUUUGCAUUGUCGUCUUCAGUAGAACCACAAAAUAUUGAAGAGGACAAUGCAGAAAUGCAAGCAUGCGCAUAUGUCUGCGGAUUUUUAAUUAAAAAAAUAUGCAGUGUCAACAAUUGUGAGCCAUGCAAGCAUAUUUUUGUAUCCACAAAUGUGGAAAAAGUCCACAAAUUUGUAGACUAUAAAGAAUACAAUGAGUUGAAAAAAAGUUUGCACUAUGCAAAUAAAUCUAUUAUAUCAUGUGUUGAAAAGUGUGCGACAUUAAUAAAUUCAUUUUUUAAAGAAAAAAGUCACAAACGUAAUUUAAAAACAAUUGCAAAGGAAAUGGUGCUCCAAAAUGUAAAUUUUGAUUACAUAAAAAAAUGCGAACAACAUGGCACACAAAAUAUUCACCACAUCAUAGAAAGUGUUUUCUUUAUAUGUGUGAAAAGAUUUUGUAUACUAAAAAACAGAUUGUUUGCAGAUGAAGCAUCAGCAUCUGCGCUCAAACGCAAGAUGAAGAUAAUUAUGCAUAAAUAA